CCAGAUUCCAGGCCCCAGAUGGUCCUAGAGCCGCGAGCUCAGCCCUUACUGCUCCAGAUGUGUUCUUGAGUAGUCCUGGGGACACAGACCGUGUUGUGUCUCCGCUCCCUGGUGUGAAACCAGAGGUAGUGCAGGGUUCUUGGGGGACGGAGCUGGCUCUCCCCGGGGAGCACUCCCACCCAUGCCAGGGGACGGUUGUGCCAAGGCCCUGCAGAGCAUCCUGGGCCAGAGAUGAGCCCGAUCACCCCCUUCCUCAGCCAGCAGACUGGGCUACCUAUUGUAACAGGUCCCUAAGUCACAUUCUAAAGUCCAGUGCCUCAGACAAGCCCGUCUGCUGCCCAGGCUCCAGGGGAGCCCUCUCAGAGGACAGAUGAGGAGCCCCGUGGCUCACAGUUGGCCUGAAGUGGCUGGUCCUGGCCACCUGCCUUGCAGAGCGCCCCGUGGCCCCACUUCCUGCUGCUGGGGAUCAGGAGGGGUCCCCUCCCCCAUAUUCAGAAUAACUUCCUGUAGAGCAGGUUCUCAAAAUUGGAAAAGCUGGACAGAAGGUGUGAGUUAACAAAUCCCUGUCCUCGUGCGGGGCGGGGGCCUCAGGCUCUUUACCCGCUUGCCCGCACACCACGCAGCCGUAGGCACGCGAGCCCCAGCCCAGCCUGCACAGCCCCUUCUAGCUUUCCUAACACCUCCCACCCGCAGUCGCCCACCUGUCCCCGCCCUCACCACCUUUCUCCAGCCUCUCGCCCGCUCUGUCCCAAACCGUUCGGAUCUGGAGGACAGGUUUGACGGCAGCAGACACAAUGGCCGUGGGGCCGUGGCCUGCGUCCACGGCACAGGCUCCCGGGCAGCAGAGGGCCUGCCCGGGCCCAAGCAGCAGGGCUGUCGGCCUGAUGGGGCUCCUCUGUCCCCUGGCUCGUGAAUACGCCCCCCUCCCUGGAGGUGGGUCGUGCAGUAGGGCCUGGGCAUCCUCGGUGAGCUAUGACCCUGGGGGCAGCCGAACUCAAAGGCCCCAUCACAGGCCUUGUCCUUGGCCUGCCUUUUCUCAUAAGUAACCCCUGGUGACCAGAGUUCUGCACAGCCACAGGGAACUGGUUGCUUUUGCUGCCACCCCUACUUCUGUGCUCUGUUUUCUCCCUCCCACUCUCCCCCACCCCCAUCUCCGUCCCUUCUGCUCUCUGUUGGUCGGUCUCCGUCUCUACUUGGCUUUGCCCCAGGGUCUUGCUGUGGCCCAUUUUUGUUGCCAGAAAGCCUGGUUUUUCCUUUUCUUUAAGGAAGCCCUCAAGGUUGGGCUGGAGCCCCACUUCCCCCUUUGCCUUUUCCGCCUGAGCCUCUCGUCUUCCAUCCCAGCACUCCGAUCCCCUGUGCUGCUGGGGGUCCCCACACCUGGCUCAGACUGCACACCCAGCGGCCCUUGAUAGCGAGGGGCGACCACACUGGCUGGCGAGUGGCACCCAGCCGUCUGUGUCCUAGAAGUCACACGCCCAGUUCCCGCCAAGCUCCUGCUGCUGAGCUGGGGACGGUGGAGGCAGGCCGCGGAGACCAAACAUGCCCCUUUCUCUGAGAGCAGAACCAAGUGCCUGUGAGUCAGUGAGCCGGCUCACGGCGCUGUUCACCCGGGCAGCCGACAGCCUGGUGACCUUGUGCCCUGUGCCAUCUGCCUCGGCUCCCAGGUGGGCAGUAAGCCGCACAGGUGCACUGUGGCGCCAGGGCCACGGGGCAGCCAGCCCUGGGAAAGAUCGCCUGUUCCCACAGUGUUUGUGCAUGCGAGUGUGUGCGCACGCGCAUGGCCUGCUGCGUGACCUUGGCCCAGCGCGAGGUAGCUGGAAACAGCGGCUAUCUCCUGGCCCAGGUUCACUGCCUGGAGUGUGGCCAGGCUGCAGGGAGGGGCUGAGGUAGGAGGAGGGAAAAGGGGCCCUCUGCGGGCAGCUGCCAACUCAGAGUCCUGGCCGGCUCCAACCCCAUAAAUAUCCGUGGGGCAGCGGGAGGGCUGCACACAGGCUGGCGCACACCAUGGGUCACCUGGGGCUGGUCGUCUUGGGCCUCACCUGCUGCUGGGCAGCUGUGAGCGCGGCAAAGCUGGGCGCAGUGUACACGGAAGGAGGUUUCGUGGAAGGCGUCAACAAGAAGCUUGGCCUCUUUGGCGACUAUGUGGACAUCUUCAAGGGCAUCCCCUUCGCUGCACCCCCAAAGGCCCUGGAGAACCCCCAGCGGCACCCCGGCUGGCAAGGAACCCUGAAGGCCAAGAACUUCAAGAAGCGGUGCCUGCAGGCCACCAUCACCCAGGACAACACCUACGGGGCAGAGGACUGCCUCUACCUCAACAUCUGGGUCCCCCAGGGCAAGAAGGAAGUCUCUCGGAACCUGCCCGUCAUGAUCUGGAUCUACGGAGGUGGCUUCCUCAUGGGGUCCGGCCACGGGGCCAACUUUCUCAGCAACUACCUAUAUGACGGGGAAGAGAUCGCCACGCGGGGCAACGUCAUUGUGGUCACCUUCAACUACCGCGUCGGGCCCCUGGGCUUCCUCAGCACUGGGGACGCCAACCUGCCAGGUAACUUUGGCCUUCGGGAUCAGCACAUGGCCAUCGCUUGGGUGAAGAGGAACAUCGCAGCCUUCGGGGGGGACCCCGACAACAUCACUAUCUUUGGGGAAUCAGCUGGAGGUGCCAGCGUUUCUCUACAGACCCUCUCUCCCUACAACAAGGGCCUCAUCCGCCGAGCCAUCAGCCAGAGUGGCGUGGCCCUGUGCCCGUGGGCCAUCCAGAGGAACCCCCUCUUCUGGGCCAAAAGGAUCGCUGAGAAGGUGGGCUGCCCCUUGGACGAUACCGCCAGGAUGGCCAGGUGUCUGAAGGUUACCGACCCCCGCGCCCUGACACUGGCCUACAAGAUGCCCCUGGCCGGCACAGAGUAUCCCAUGCUGCACUAUCUGGGCUUCCUCCCUGCCGUGGACGGAGACUUCAUUCCCGAUGACCCCGUCAACCUGUACGCCAACACGGCCGACAUUGACUACAUAGCGGGCACCAACAACAUGGACGGCCACAUCUUUGCCAGCUUCGACAUGCCCGCCAUCAACAAGAACAGCCAGGAGGUCACGGAAGAGGACUUCUACAAGCUGGUCAGCGGGUUCACCAUCACCAAGGGGCUUAGGGGUGCCAAUGCCACCUUUGGCAUCUACACUGAGCCCUGGGCCCUCGACGCAUCCCAAGAGACCAAGAAGAAGACCGUGGUGGACUUGGAGACUGACAUCCUCUUCCUGGUGCCCACCGAGAUUGCCGUGGCCCAGCACAGAGCCAAUGCCAAGAGUGCCAAAACCUACACCUACGUGUUCUCCCACCCCUCUCGGAUGCCCACCUACCCAAAAUGGAUGGGGGCUGACCACGCAGAUGACCUCCAGUAUGUCUUUGGGAAGCCCUUCGCCACCCCCCUAGGCUACCGGACCCAAGACAGGACGGUCUCCAAGACCAUGAUCGCCUACUGGACCAACUUUGCCAGAACUGGGGACCCCAAUAUGGGACAUUCGGCUGUGCCCACGCACUGGGAUCCCUACAGCAUAGAAAAUGGCAACUACCUGGAGAUCACCAAGAAGAUGGACGGCAAUUCCAUGAAGCAGCACCUGAGGACCAGCUACCUCCGCUACUGGACCUUGACCUUCGAGGCCCUGCCCACAGUGAGCGGAAAUGGGGCCAUCCCUGCGCCCCCCUCGGGGGACUCUGAGGCCGCCCCCGCUCCCCCCUCCGGGGAUUCUGAGGCCGCCCCCGCUCCCCCCUCGGGGGACUCUGAGGGAGCUCAGAUGCCUGUAGUCAUCAGCUUCUAA